AUGGACCGCUCCGGCGGCGGCCCGGCAGCCGUCACGGUCUCGACGCCGACACCAACAGAGGCGAGCGGGGGCGCGGACUCCGCGUCGAAGGGCGCGAGGUCCGGCGGCAAGAGCAACUGGUCCCCGGGCGACCUCGUUUGGGGCAAGGUCAAGGGGCACGGGUUCUGGCCGGGGCGCGUUGUGGACCCCCAGAGGCACUCCAAGGUCAUGGGCAUGCCGCACUCGCACUCGAGCGUCCUGGUGCAGUUCUUCGACAACACGCUCGGCUGGGCGAACAAGGUCGAGUUGCAGGACCUGGAGGCGAACUGGGAGAAGAUGGCUGUGCUGAAGAAGUCGUCCGCGUUCAAGGACGCACUGCGGACGGCACGCAAGGCGGUCACGCACGCCAAGGCGCGCGGGCCGGUCAAGCGCCGCGACGAGCGCGUCGGCUCGCCGUCGAGCGGCAAGGCCGAGACGCCCACGGGCGGCGCGGGCACGUCGAGCGUCAAGAAGGAGCCCCGCCGGGACUCGCCCGGGAAGGUUGACGCGCCGCCAAAGAAGGCGCCGCCGCCCGUCGACCGCGAGAACCUGAUCGGGAUCGCGGCGCGGGGCCUGGCGGACAGGAAGCGUCCGGCGCCUGGGUCGCUCAAGGACGGGUUCCCGAUGGGGGUUCAAUUGGAAGAAGCCAAAGCCCCCCACGCCGCGGGCGAGCGACGGGAAGGCGGGCGAGGGCGGGCGCAUCAGCAAGGGGGAGAAGGGUGA